AUGGUGACAAAUGCCAUAAUGGAAGCAAAAACCCACAUGAAACCGCAAGGUGAUAUUGGAAACAUGCAAGCUGCAACUGGUGAUCUUGGCAAUGGUGCCGUUCACAUCUUGACCAUCCCAUUCCCAGCUGCUGGCCAUAUUCUUCCUCACAUAGAUUUCAUCCACCAACUACUCCUCCGUGGCUUAAAAGUCACCAUCUUGGUCACCCCCAAAAACCUUCACUUCCUUAAUCCCAUCCUUUCUUUGUACUCUUCUUCAAACAAUAUUGAAACCCUAGUCCUUCCUUUCCCUUCUCACCCUUCAAUCCCUUCUGGUGUUGAAAACAUGGUGGGUUUCCCUAUUUCUUUCGGACCCAUCUUCAUGGAAGCGAUGGCUGAGCUUUACAAUCCUCUCUUUCAAUGGUUUCAAACUAACCCAUCACCUCCUGUUGCUAUUAUCUCUGAUAUGUUACUCAGUUCUUGGGUCAAUACCUUAUCUUCUAAUCUGAAUAUUCACCAUUUAACUUUCAUGGUUACCAAUGCAAAUUCAACAUUGCCAUUGGUGCGAAAGGGGAUGAAAAAAUUGUCUCCCUCGAUAGAACGAUUCGCUAAGAAUGCAGUUGUGCCGAGUCUCAAAAGUUGGGGGAUCAUUUUCAACACGUUUUUGGAAUUAGAUGGUGAUAAAAUGGAGAUCAUCAAAGAGGAAUUCACUGAACACGACCGAUUGUGGGCUAUAGGACCAUUGCUACCCAUUAAAGCUACUAACAACGAGAGAGGUGGACCGAGUUCUAUACCAAGAGAUGAAGUCAUUGCAUGGUUAGAUUCUUGUAAACGAGUCAACUCAGUAGUGUUCAUUGGGUUUGGAUCCCAGAUUUCCUUGACCAAACUACAAAUGGAAGCAAUAGCAUCGGCAUUGGAGGAGAGUAGGGUUCGUUUCAUUUGGGGUAUCAAGGGUGACUCUCACAAUAUGGUUCCAUUGGGUUUCGAGGAACGUUUGGCUGGGAAGGGAGUAGUGAUCAAAGGGUGGGUUCCUCAACAAGCAAUUCUAGACCAUCGAGCCGUGGGUUCGUACUUAACUCAUUGUGGCUGGAACUCGGCACUUGAGGGACUCCUUGGUGGCGCUUUGUUACUGGCAUGGCCCAUGCAAGUCGACCACUUCGAUAACACUAAUCUAUUAGUUGAUAAAUUGGGAGUGGCUAUUCGAGCUUGCGAGGGUUUAACCACUGUACCUGACCCAAACAAACUGGCUCGAGUCUUGUCCAAGUCGGUGAGUGCAGAUCAACCUGAAAGGGCUCGAGCCAUGAAGCUUCGGCAGGCCGCACUAGAUGCAAUACAAAUGGAUGGAAGUUCGUACACGGCUUUGAAUAGCUUAGUUAAAACUUUAUCUUGCAUUAGAAAGUAA